AUGCCCCGCGGCGCCGACUACGCAAACGAGGCCCCCCACUCCGACAACGCCGUCCCGGAAACCCACAACCUCACGCACGGCAGCGGGGGCAACACCACCGCCGACGCACCCCUAGGCAAGGAGCAGAAGACGGCGCCGAUGCCAGAGGGCCUCAGCGAGGUCCACGACCACGUCAUGAGCGGUGGGGGCAGCGGCGUGGCGCCCGGCACGAUUGAGGGGAGUGGGAAGGGAGGACACGAGCCGAAGACGUUGGGGGAGGAGAAGGGGUUGGGCGGGAGCGUGCCGACUAGUGAGGCGAAGUGA